CUGCGUCGCAGAUGUCUUUUCGUUUUGUAGCGUAACGAUAUAAGCAAAGAAGAAGUAAAUUGUUUGUGUAUUGGAUGAUAGAGCUUCUAUAUAUUUUGGCUUGUCACCCUGUAAAGACCAUCUGUUGUUCUUUCUUCUUUCCCUUACAAAUGAAUACUCUCUUAGCCAUACUUGUGUUCUUUGUGUCUGUCUUCAUUUUCUUUAACAGGAAAACAAGAUCAUCAAAAAGGCUUCCUCCUGGCUCACUAGGACUACCUUUCUUAGGCCAAAGCCUAGAAUUUCUCCGUGCGAUGCGAUCCAACGACGGUAGAAAAUGGCUUGAGCAAAGGAUUAGAAAAUAUGGACCAGUGUCAAAGCUAAACCUCUUUGGAAAACCAGCAGUUUUCAUUCAUGGACAGGCAGCCAACAAGCUCGUAUUCACUAGUGAUAGCAGUGGCACUGCACAAACAACGGCGAUGCGUGCAAUUUUGGGUGAUCAAACUUUGUUUGGACUGAGCGGCCACGAUCAUAAGCGUGUUAGGAAUGCUCUGAUGACGUUCUUGAAGCCAGAAUCACUGAAAGCGUAUGUGGGGAAGAUGGAUGACAAAGUGAACGAGCACCUUCAAGUGUACUGGCAAGGGAAGCGCGAGAUCACGGUAUUGCCGCUGAUGAAGACACUCACGUUCAAUAUAAUAUGCUCUCUUCUGUUCGGAAUCGAGCACGGAAUUCAAAGAGAUCAGCUUCUGGUUGGCUUUCAAGACAUGAUAGGAGGAAUGUGGUCGGUCCCAAUUAACUUGCCCUUCACAUACUACAACCGCAGCCUCAAGGCAAGUUCACGAGUCCGGAAAAUUGUGAAGGGUCUUAUAAGGGAGAGGCAGACUGAAAUCAAGCAAAACCAUGGUUCUCCUCAUCGAGACCUCAUAACUUCCAUGCUCAAUCUCCGCAACGAAGCCAAUGAUCGAGUAAUAACCGAUGAGGAGAUUGUUCAAAACGUUAUGCUUGUCAUGACUGCCGGACACGACACGUCAUCUGUCCUAAUCACUUUCUUGAUCCGCCUUUUAGCUACUAAUACUGCUGUCUACACUGCUGUUUGCCAAGAACAAGAAGAGAUCGCGAAAAGCAAGUUGAGAGGAGAAUCGCUGACGUGGGAAGACCUUGCGAAGAUGAAGUACACAUGGAGAGUAGCAUUGGAGACUCUACGGAUGAUUCCUCCAGCAUUUGGUGGCUUCAGGAAGGCUCUCAGAGAUAUAGAAUUCGAUGGAUACAUCAUUCCUAAAGGGUGGCAAAUUUUCUGGGUUUCAAGCAUGACACAAAUGGACGAACACAUAUUUCCAGAGCCAUCGAAGUUUGAUCCUGGUAGGUUUGAGAACCAAGCAUCGAUUCCUCCUUACAGCUUCAUUCCAUUUGGAGGAGGACCUCAUUUGUGCGCAGGAUACGAGUUUGCAAAGAUUGAAACUCUGGUCACAAUCCAUUACAUUGUCACUCAGUUUACAUGGAAGCUAACCGCUGACGAUUCGUUUACUUUGGAUCCAAUGCCAACACCAACUAGAGGGCUGCCUAUUCAAAUCUUUCCCAGGAACAUAAUGUGACUGACUUGUUAAUGUUUGUAGUUGGAUUCACAUCCCUAUAAUUGUAUGUACUGGAACUGGAAGUACACAUAUGAAUAUGUAAUCUUUGUUGUGCAAAUAAUCCAGUACACAUGAAUAUGUAAUCUUCGUUGUGCAAAGAAUGAUAUUAAUCUUAUGCAAGUUUCUCUAA